UUCAGAUAAAAUAUUAUUAUUAUUAUUAUUUUAUUUUUUUGGUGUUUGGCUGAGGUUUAGGUUAAGUUCAUCGGGCUGGGGUGUGUAAAAUAAGUAAGUUAUUUUUGUUAGGUUUUAAUAUGUUUAUUUUGUAAAUAUUUUACAACCAAAACAUUAGAAAAUAAAAAAUAUAUAUAUUUUUAUAGUUUACAACCAAAACACUAGAAAAUGAUAAUUUUACAACGUGAGACAUAGUAAAGAUUAACUUGCUUUGUAUUGUGGGAGAAAUUUUUAUACACUUUGUAAGAUAAAAAGAAAUAAUUAGGAAUAGUCAAAACUUAAAAAACUUUUAAUAAUUUUGAGAGGGGGCAUAUUUACAAUUACCAAAUAAUAUGAAUACAAAAUUAAAAAAUAAAAAAUAAAAAAUUUAGUGGGGCAACUGCACCCACUGGGCCCUACUUUGGCUCCACCCUUGUUUGUAUGUAUGAAAUAUGAAUCACAAGGAUAAUAUGUCUAAGGCUUCCAAGCCGCUUUUAAGGAAAAAUGAAACUUCAACACUUGUCUUAAAAAACAUGAAAACCUAUUAUAAGGAGCAGAACCAAACCUUUUCUGUCAUACUGUCCUUGUGAUGAUCACAACAAAAACUACAACACGUAGAGAGAGAGAUUGAGAGAGAGAGAGAGAGAGAGCACCUGCCUUGGAUUUGCGCGCGGGAGUCGAAGCUAUGGAACCAAAGGGUGCAAGAUUUGGGAGCUCCCUCCUUGUACCCUGUGUUCAAGAGCUGGCUAAGGAAUCAUUGGUCACAGUCCCAUCCAGGUACGUGCGUGAUGAUCAAGAUCCUCCUCUGAUCACACCAUGUACUGAUUCUACACGCGACGUCCCAAUCAUCGACAUGGAAAACUUGCUUAGUGGAGAUCAUAUGGAGAUGGAGUUGCAGAAGCUGGAUUCUGCAUGCAAAGAAUGGGGUUUCUUCCAGGUGAUAAACCAUGGAGUGAGCAGUUCAACAGUGGAGAAAUUAAAGGUUGAGGUUCAACAAUUCUUCAACCUUCCGAUCGAAGAGAAGAAGAAACUAUGGCAGAAACCAGGAGAAGUUGAGGGAUUUGGACAGGCCUUUGUUGUAUCUGAGCAGCAGAAGCUCGACUGGGGAGACUUGUUUUUCUUGACUACUCUUCCCACCCAUUUGAGGAAACCCCACUUGUUCCCCAAGCUUCCUCUCCCUCUCAGAGAUACCCUGGAAAUUUAUGCAGCUGAGUUGAAACAACUUGCAAUGAAGAUACUCGAUUUCAUAGCUAAAGCUCUAAAGAUUGAGGCUGGGGAUGUCCGAGAGUUGUUUGAAGAAGGGAUGCAGUCAAUGAGGAUGAAUUACUAUCCACCAUGUCCGCGUCCAGGGUUGGUUCUCGGCCUCACCCCUCACUCUGAUGCUACUGGCCUCACCAUCCUACUUCAAGUUAAUGAAAUGGAAGGUCUGCAAAUAAAAAAAGAUGGGAUGUGGGUACCUGUCAAACCCUUACCUGGUGCCCUUGUCAUCAACAUUGGAGACAUUUUGGAGAUUGUGACCAAUGGAGCUUACCGUAGCAUCGAGCAUCGUGCAACUGUAAACUCUGUGAAGGAGAGGCUCUCAAUCGCCACAUUUUAUAACCCGAAAUAUGAUGGAGAAAUGGGUCCUGCGCCUAGUUUGAUUACCCCACAAACUCCAGAGGCGUUCAAAAGAGUGGCAGUUGCAGAUUACUUCAGAGGCCUCUUUGCUCGUGAGCUCAAUGGGAAAUCAUACCUAGACGCGAUGAGGAUUAACAAUGAAGAACGCAAGAGUAGCUGAAACUAGUACAGAUAAUGCUGCCGAAACCUAUAUUAUCGUUUGAUUGUUAAAUAACAAGCUGUAAGGAGUUCUAUAAACACAUGAAUGCCAGCCUUCAGUGUUUGCAUUUUUGUAUCUUCUGUUUUCCAGCAUGUACACCAGCUUCAACCAAUUCUCCACUUUUGGAUCUCUACCAGCACUCCAUGCAAUGUUUUAUUCAACGCACUAAACUAUGUUUCUAACUAUUCGUACACAUGAAAUCUACCAUUUAUUUUUCUUA